AUACUUCUGUGGUUUUAACUAACCUACAUGUAUUGAGGUUAUACGUGUAUUAUUAUCGUUAAAAUACAUUUUUUACUAAUUUAAUUGAUAUAAUUAGGAACACGAUAAUACAGGAAAGGUUAUUAACAGAGAAAUGGAUAUCCAAAAUCUUGAAGAAGAAAUUGAUAUCCACGAUAAUUUUUUAUCAAGUAUCGAUAUAAAACAAGAAUUAAUUGACGAAGUACCUACAAUAAAAAUUCAAAAUAGAAAUGAACAAGUAAAUGCAAUUCACUCAAUCAAACAAGAAAUCAACGAUGACUUGAAUACAACUGAGAUAUUUGAUAACAAUGUGGAUGUACUUAAUAAAACAACAAGGAACAUUUCGAGUACUCAAUUCAAACUAAACAAGCCGGGAUAUUCGAAAGCUACCCAUAGAAAGAAAAUUAAAUUAAAAGUUACAGGACUGAUGAGAGAUGGAAAAUAUUGGCAGCCAAAUUCUAUGGGGUUAAUGAUAUGUGUAUAUUGUGGGAAUUUAUAUACAAAACAAGAAGAAUUGUUAUACCACUUGGCAAUAAAUCAUUGUAUAAAAGGAAGCAAAUUUUCCAAAAUUAGAAAGCACUAUAAAAGUGAUAUAUGUAUUAUGGAAAAUCUUGAUAUUAAAGAUGAAAUUGAAGUAUUUGAACAUGAAUUGAAAGUGGAACUGCAGGAAAAUACAAACCAGAUGGAAAAACCAUUCAAAUGUGACAUUUGUAGCAAACCAUUCUCUUAUAAAAGUAAUUUAAAUAUACAUAUGCUUAGUCACAAGAGAGAAAAGCGAUUUAAGUGUGACAUUUGUUUGAAAACUUUUCCAUAUAUAAGUUACUUGAAGACACAUUUGUGCAGCUAUACAGAAGAAAAGCCAUUCAAAUGUGAUAUUUGUUCUAAAACUUUUUCACGGAGGAGUGGUUUGAAGAGACAUUUGAAAAGUCAUUCAGGAGAAAAGUCAUUUAAAUGUGAUAUUUGUUCUAAAACUUUUUCACAGUCAAGUGAUUUGAAGACACAUUUCCGUAGUCAUACAGGAGAAAAGCCAUUCAAAUGUGAAAUUUGUUUUAAAACUUUUUCACGUAUGAAUGGUUUGAAAAUACAUUCUUAUACUCAUUCAGGAGAAAAGCCAUUCAAAUGUGAUAUUUGUUUUAAAACCUUUUCACAGUCAAGUGAUUUGAAAAAACAUUUGCUUAACCAUACAGGAGAAAAGCCAUUCAAAUGUGAUAUUUGUUUAAAACCAUUUUCACGGAAAAUUAAUUUGAAAACACAUUUAUGUAGUCAUACAGGAGAAAAGCCGUUCAAAUGUGACAUUUGCUUAAAAACUUUUUCAGAUAGGAGUAUUUUGAAGAGACAUUUGCCUAGUCAUACAGGAGAAAAGCCAUUCAAAUGUGAUAUUUGUUUGAGAACGUUUACAUGGAAAAUUAAUUUGAAGAGACAUUUUUAUAGUCAUACAGCAGAAAAGCCAUUUAAAUGUGAAGUUUGUUUGAAAACUUUUUCAGAUACAAGUCAUUUGAAGGCACAUUUGCGUAUCCAUACAGGAGAAAAGCCAUUCAAAUGUGAUGUUUGUUAUAAAACUUUUUCAGAAAAGAGUAGGAUGAAGAGACAUUUCCAUACUCAUACAGGAGAAAAGCCAUUCAAAUGUGAUAUUUGCUUGAAACCAUUUUCACAGAAAAUUCUUUUGAAGACACAUUUGCAUAGUCAUACAGGAGAAAAGCCAUUCAAAUGUGACAUUUGUUUGAAAACAUUUACAUGGAAAUUAAAUUUGAAGAGACAUUUUUAUAUUCAUACAGCAGAAAAACCAUUCAAAUGUGACAUUUGUUUGAAAACUUUUUCAGAUAAAAGUCACUUGAAGGCACAUUUGCAUGUCCAUACAGGAGAAAAGCCAUUCAAAUGUGAUGUUUGUUCUAAAACUUUUCCAGAAAAGAGUAGGUUGAAGAGACAUGUGCGAACUCAUACAGGAGAAAAGCCUUUCAAAUGUGAUGUUUGUUUUAAAACUUUUUCAGAAAAGAGUAGGCUGAAGAGACAUUGGCGUACUCAUACAAGUGAAAAGCCUUUCAAAUGUGAUUUUUGUUGGAAACCAUUUUCACAGGAAUUUCUUUUGAAGAGACAUUUGCAUAGUCAUAUAGAAGAAAAACCAUUCAAUUGUGACGUUUGUUUUAAAACUUUUUUACAGUCCUUUGAUUUCAAGACACAUUUGUGUAUCCAAACAGGAGAAACGCCAUUGAAAUGUGAUGUUUGUUUGAAAACAUUUUCACAGAUAAGUAAUUUGAAUAGACAUUUGCGUAUCCAUACAGGAGAAAAGCCUUUCAAAUGUGAAAUUUGUUUAAAAACUUUUUCAGAUAAAAGUAAUUUGAAGAGACAUUUGCGAAGUCAUACAAGAGAAAACUUUUGCAUAAAUGUACAGGAGAAAAACCAUUGAAGUUUAAUUUUUCACAAAAAUGUAAUUUGAGGACACAUUUCUUGUAAAUUGUGGCUUGUUACCAUCUUCUUCCAAAGUUCUCAAUUAUAGUUUUUGUUGCAAUACUUGUGAAAUAAUGAAUCCUUUUGUUUUAGGCAAAUUUUGUAUGAAACUUUUCAUAUAAAUUCAUAUUUUUUAUUUAAUUGUGGAACAGAACGAAUAGACGAGAACAGAUUCCUGUUCAGUUAUAUUUAAAAAAAUAUAAAUUCCUGUUUUCCUUUAAAACAGACAUCACACGGCAUAUCAAAGUCCUUAUCAAUAUUUAUUUCAUUGACCAUUUAAUUCAUAUAUUACGUACUUAAUUGCUCAUCAUUGUUUUAUAUAUUUUAGGUUAGUAUGUCCCAACUUGUGGUGUCAGUUUAUAACCUGUUUAUAACUUUGUCACACUUUGUUUGGUACAGUUUUUCUUGAAUAAUUGUCAUAGAAAGAGAUUUAUUCAUUUCUUAUGUAUCUAUGGUUCACAUUCUGAAUUUUUGUGAACGUAGUCAUGCUGGUGUUAGACAUUUGUUCCGAAAGGUUCCAAGAUUGAAACAAAAUUGGUAUACUUUUUCUGUGGUUUUAACUAACCUAAAUGUAAAUGUAUUGAGGUUAUACGUGUAUUAUUAUCAUUAAAAUAAUAGUUAUUAACUUGGACGUCCAAGGUUAUUAAUUUGUUUACUAAUUAAAUUGAUAUAAUUAAGAACAAGGAAAUACAGGAAAGGUUAUUAACCAAGAAAUGGAUGUUAAAAAUGUUAAAGAAGAAAUUGAUAUACAAGAUGAUUUUGUGUCGAAUAUCCAAAUAAUAAAACGAGAAUUAAUUAACGAAGUAUCUGCAAUGAAAAUUCAAAAUACAAAUGAACAAGUAAAUGCAAUUCACUCAAUCAAACAAGAAAUCAACGAUGAUUUGAAUACAACUACAAUAUUUGAUAAUAAUGUAGAUGUAACUAAAAGGGACAUUCUCAGUACUCAUAUCAUUAAAAACAAACCAGGAUAUUCAAAAGAUGCCCAUAGAAAAGGAAAUAAAUCAAAAGGUGAGUUGAACUGAGAGAUAAGCUUUAUUGUCAUUAGAAAAUUUUAUCCACAAAGCAACACAAUUUUAUAUUGUGUAAUAUAAAAAUGUAGAAUAACAUUAACAACUUAAUAAUUAUAAUAUAUCUUACUUCACACUAAAUUGAAUUAUGCUAUUCUAUUGAGUCUAUAGUAAAUUGUUGAAUUCUUCCACAGAAUAAUAAGGUCUUUCAAGUAGAAUGUUUUUGUAAAUUUUCAGAACAUUUUUAAUGCCAAAGGUAGCUGAUUGAAUAAUUUAGUGUAUAAUUUCUCUAUCUUACAGUACAUAUGAAAAUUUUAAACAGCAUUCUGACACAAAUAAAUAAAUAAUUGUUAUUUUUGGCCCUUGGAAUUAUUGCAAACUGGAGAUUAUCCUGUCCCAUAGCCAAGCAGUCAUUAAAGCUCUGAGAUCCAAUGUCAUAAGAUUCAAGCAGGUUUGGUAAUGCUUGGCCAAGUUGAAUGAGUUAGUUAAGAAGAAUUCCUGGAACAAUCUACAGAGGUUGAGACAAGCAAAGAUAUGUUGGAAAACUAAAAUCAUCAAUAUUGGCACUUAUCAUUUUGCUGUAGCUCUGACUGGGCUACAAGCACAUUUCUUUUGUAUUAUUCAUGGAUAUUUUUUAUGUGCUUUUUUCAAAUGAUUUAGCCUUUUUCUGUUACUAGACACUUUUUCUGUCUCCAAUGUAAGCAAAAUGCUUGUUUUUUCUCGUAUUGUCUGCAUUUUAAUUAUUAGAGAGGUUGUCACUCCAUCUCUUGCGCCCUAAGGGUGACUUGUCUCUAGCUAUUUUGAUCAUUCUAUCUCCAUUCAUUCGAUCCAUGUGUUCGUUCCACUCUCUCUUUCUUCCCAAUGUCCAUUCAUUUAUGUUGUGAAUAUUACAUGUUCUUCUAAUGCCCUCGCUCCUCUUCCUGUCAAAAAUUGUUUUUCCAGCGAUCCUGCGCACUAUUUUCAAUUCGGUGGUUUCUAAUAUUCUCUUUGUUUUCGAUGUGUCUGGUCUGAUUUCCACUGUGUAUGUUAAUAUGUUACUAAACAUUGUUGCAUCAAUUUCAAAUUUUAUUUACCAGUAAUAUGUAUAUAUCUAUAAAUAUUUUAAUUCUUUCCACAAAUUAUUAAAGAAUUUGUCUUCAACAGUUACAGGACUGAUGAGAGAUGGAAAAUGUUGGCAGCCAAAUGCUAUAGGGUUAAUGAUAUGUGUAUAUUGUGGGAAUUUAUACACGAAACAAGUGGAAUUGUUGUGGCACUUAGCAAUGAAUCAUUGUAUAAAACUAAACAAUUUUUAUAAAAUGAAACUUCAUCAUAAACAUAAAAGUGAUAAAUGUAUUAUGAAGAAUCUUGAUAUAAAAGAUGAAAGUGAAAUAGUUGAACAUGAAUUGAAAGUGGAGCUGCAGGACACCACAAACCAAUUAGAUAUUACCAAUAAUUUAAAUUCAAAUGUACAUAAGAGUUUGAAAUCCAUUCAAACUAAUUCAAAUAUGCUUUCACAUACUUACACAAGGGCAAAACCAUAUGACUUUGGUAGGAAACUGUACUCUUAUAAAAGUAAAUAUAUGCAUAAUCACAUGGGAGAAAAGCCAUUCAAAUGUGACAUUUGCUUGAAAACUUUUCCAAUUAGGAGUAGUUUGAAGAGACAUUUGCAUAGUCAUACAGGAGAGAAGCCAUUCAAAUGUGAUAUUUGUUUAAAACCAUUUGCAUGGAAAAUUAAUUUGAAGACACAUUUGCGUAGUCAUACAGGAGAAAAGCCAUAUAAGUGUGAUAUUUGUGGUAAAACUUUUUUACAAAAAAGUGGCUUAAAGAUACAUUUGUAUAAUCAUACAGAAGAAAAGCCAUUCAAAUGUGAUGUUUGUUUAAAAACUUUUUCAUAUACAAGUCACUUGACAACACAUUUGCGAAGUCAUACAGGAGAAAAGCCAUUCAAAUGUGAUAUUUGUUUGAAACAAUAUUCACGGAAAAUUAAUUUGAAGAUACAUUUACGUAGUCAUACAGGAGAAAAGCCAUUUAAAUGCGAUAUUUGUUUGAAACCAUUUUCUCAGAAAAUAAAUUUAAAGUCACAUUUGUGGAGUCAUACAGGAGAAAAACCAUUCAAAUGUGACAUUUGUUUGAAAACUUUUUUUAAUACAAGUAAUUUGAAGACACAUUUACGUAUCCAUACAGGAGAAAAGCCAUUCAAAUGUGACAUUUGUUUGAAAACUUUUUCAGAUAGGAGUAAUUUGAAGAGACAUUUGGGUAGUCAUACAGGAAAGAAGCCAUUCAAAUGUGAAGUUUGUUUUAAAACCUUUUCACAGUCCGGUGAUUUAAAAACACAUUUGCGUAGUCAUACAGGAGAAAAACCAUUCAAAUGUGAAAUUUGUUGGAGAACUUUUUCCUAUACAACAAGUUUAAAUGUACAUAUGCGUAUUCACACAGGAGAAAAGCCAUUCAAAUGUGGAAUAUGUUCAAAAACUUUUUCUCAGACGAGUAGUUUAAGGACACAUUUGCGGAGUCAUACUGGAGAAAAGCCAUUCAAAUGUAAUAUAUGUUUGAAGACUUUUUCACAGACGAGUAAUGUGACGAUUCAUUUACGUAGUCAUACAGGAGAAAAGCCGUUCAAAUGUGACUUUUGUUCUAAAACUUUCUUUGAUACAAGUAAUAUGAAGGCACAUUUGCGUAUCCAUACAGGAGAAAAGCCUUUCAAAUGUGAUGUUUGUUUGAAAACUUUUUCAGAUAGGAGUAAUUUGAAGAGACAUUUGCGUAGUCAUACAGGAAAAAAGCCAUUCAAAUGUGACAUUUGUUCAAAAAGUUUUUCAGAUAAAGAUAACUUGAAGACACAUUUGCGCAUCCAUACAGGAGAAAAGCCAUUCAAAUGUGACAUUUGUUCUAAAACUUUUUCAGAUAGGAGUAAUUUGAACAAACAUUCACUUAGUCACACUGGAAAAAAGCCAUACAAAUGUGAAACUUGCUUUAAAACUUUUUUACAGUUCAGUGAUUUCAAGAUACAUUUACGGAGUCAUACAGGGGAAAAGUCAUUCUAAUGUGAGAUAACUCUGAAAAUUUUAUGAGUAUUUUGAAGAAACUUUUACAUAAACACACAGGAGAAAAACCAAACAAAACUAUUAUUUUUGUUUAAAAACUUUAAAAAUUUAAAAAGCCAUAUGUUUGACAACAUUUUCAUUGAUAAAUUGUUGAUAGAUAUUUACAUACAGGAGAAAAUACAUUCAUUUAUGACAUUUGUUUGAAACAAUUUUCUAAUAUGUUAAUUAAAAAACUAUAUAGAAUAAAAAAAAGGCAAAGUAAUUAAUUUUUUGAUAUAAUCAUGAAAUGAGCCCUGUACACAAUAUUCUCCAACAAAUAGAAAUCUGUGAAUUGUGAAGCAUGAAAAUAGAUGGCGACGCAGACUGGAUUGAAGAAAAAUUGAAAAACUUUUUUGUAAGUUCCUAAACUCAAGAUAUUCGAGAAGCAAAUGGUUGUUUUAACCACGCUAUUAUUAGCUUCACUUGUAUGUGGGUUUGUUUGUAACUCUCCUUUGUGCCUUAUUACUGUUAGUAUAUCCCACCGCUUCAAUUGCAUAUUUUUUCUAAUAAAACCCUUUUUCGGAACCAGUCCCUUUAUUUAAUAGCCAGACCUCGUAUAUAAUGGUUGUGGAAUUUGACUUCCUCAUUUUUUCGUCCAUUCUAUAUUGAAACCGAACGCGACGUUCCUUACGAUCGGUGAUCUAUUUGAUCUCUGAUCAUAAUUUCUUCAGAAAUAAUACUCUUUCAAGACUGGUGGAAAAAACGAGAAAGAUUGAAUCGGGAUGAUAAUGCCUUUGCGCAAAUAUGUAUUUACAUGCUUCUAAUAUACUUUCAUUUAUAUAAAGCGUCUUUGCCAAAUUACUAAAAGGAUUUAAAUUACUGUCAAUAUAAUUAUUACAUCGCAAAUUAAGAUCUAAAAUCAAAUUCAUAUGAUGAAUGUACAUUUAGAUAUAUUUCAAGUAUAAAGUCCCAAUAAUUAUGUUUUUUGAAUGAAAUGUCGUAAUUUAGAACAUAUAUGUCGUAAUUUGUACCGGGCAAGUGGCAACACUGCUACGCCAUUUUGUUUCUAAAAUGUCUUUGUGUAGCUGUUACGCUUUUAAUUCCGUAUUUUUGUUUGUUAUAUUAGUUUUAUUGGUAAUAUUUGUGAAAAAUGCUGUAAAUCAGAUCUUUUUUGCUACGUACGUACCAAAAAAUUAUGAUGCGCAGAUGAGUUUAAUUAUCAAUUAUCAUCUUUCGAGUUGAUGUAUCGGUUGUUUUAAGAAUACAUUUUUUGUUUAUUGUUACCGUUAUAUCAUUGUUCAAUUUUUCAACAAUUAACAUUAAAGUUAAUGAUUAUGUCUGCCAAAUAGAUUUUUUGUCAAUUUUUCUUCUCGACUGGAUUCGUUUAUUUAUCCUUCUAUACCAGCCUAAUAGCAAUAUUAAUUUACAAAAAAUCUAAAAGUACUAAAAAUAAAUUCAGUUGCAGACUGUACGUUAAAUGGACUAAGUUCUUUAUGACAAUAUUGUAUGUAUAUGCUGAUUUCUAUUCUUAUACUGAUUAAAUGCACGAUUAAAUAAAUAAAAAAUGAUAAACAC